AUGGCCAUCCCGACGAGCACAAAUGGUCACAGCAACGGAUAUCACGAUGCCGAUGUCCAUGAUGUCUGCGUUGUUGGAGCUGGCCCUUCGGGUCUCAUGCUGAGUGUUGUAUUGGCAAAGCUUGGUCUCUCAGUCAAGGUCCUCGAUGAGAGGCCGGACCAGACAACCGUGGGUCGCGCUGAUGGUAUCCAGCCAAAGACCAUUGAGACGUUGCAGAUGCUGCGAAUUGGCGAUGAUCUUGUACAAACAGGAGUCAAGGUUCAUGACAUCUGCAUGUGGCGGGGUUCGCCAACCGAAGGACUUCGCCGUACAGGACGUGAAGUCCACUAUCCAUCCUCAGUGGUAGAUGUGCUACACCCCUAUAUCCUUUUAUGCCAUCAAGGCAUGAUGGAAGGCACAUUUAUCAAUGACCUGACGAAAAGCGGUGUUGAGGUCACUCGCAGUCACACUUUUCAAGGAGUAACAAGCUCUUCUGAUUACCUCGAGAUUGAAUGCGACAAAGAUGGUCAAACACGUACAGCUAUUCCGGCCAGGUAUCUAGUAGGCUGUGAUGGUGCUCGCUCAGCAGUACGAAACGCCAUUCCCGGCGCUGCCUCUCAAGGAACUCCUCAUAAUUCUGUUUGGGGGGUCUUGGAUGGAGAGUUGGACACUGACUUCCCUGACAUCUGGAGCAAGACUGUCAUAUUUUCCGAGGAACACGGAUCAGUCCUUCUUAUUCCACGUGAGCGGAACAUGACCCGACUUUACAUCGAGAUGAAGAGUUCGGUCACUUCCAAAGGUCUUGGCCAGGAGUUUGUCAUGGAGCAAGCACGUCUCAUCAUGGCUCCAUACACUGUCAACUGGACAUCAGUCGAGUGGUUCGGCAACUAUCAAGUAUCCCAGCGCUUUGCAACGCGGUUCCUGGACCCGACUCAGCGGAUAUUCAUAGCUGGAGACGCCAGUCACACACACAGUCCCAAAGCUGCACAGGGAAUGAAUACCAGUGUCCAUGACUCUUGGAACUUGGGCUGGAAGCUCAACCUUGCUGCACGUGGUUUCGCUAAGGAUGGUAUCCUUCUGCAAUCUUACGAGCAGGAACGGAAGAAGAUCGCGGAGGAUCUCAUCAACUUUGACUUUGAACACGCUAACGAGAUCGCUGGAGGUGACUCCAAGAGGCUCGCUGAGAAUUUCCGCAAGAACACACGCUUCAUCUCGGGAGUGGGGGUUGAGUACGGUCUCAAUGAGCUGAACCAACCUCUAGAUGCCGCUCCGGGUGGCGAUGCCAAGCCUGGUUGCAAUCUUCCGCAAGCAAAGGUUACACGCUACAUAGACGCUUGUCCAGUUGAUGUUCAGCUCGACGUUCCAGUUCUCGGCCAGUUCCGAGUCUAUGUAGUUGCUCCGAACCUUACAGGACGUCAAGAGAGUGGCUUCAUCAAAGGCUUCGAUGAGUCUAUCUCGACGCCAUCCUCGCUUUUGUGUCAGCUUGGCCAGGCAGCCCAGGCGUCAUACCAACAGAAGCCUCGUGCCAGCCGAGCCGAUGAUGUCUACGUGCGGCCAGAGCGGUACACAUCAGUCAACCAAUUGGUCACAUUUGCGCUUCUGACCUCCACAGAUAAGAAUGAGUUCGAGCUCUCAGACUUGCCUUCCACAUUUUCCAAGAAGAAGUGGCUUGGCUCUGUCGAUAGUGGAGAGGUUUCGAUUCUCGUGGUUAGGCCAGAUGGGUAUGUCGGUGCCAUUCGACGUAUCAAGAAUGCUAGUGUCGAGGAGGGUGCCACGGCGGCGAGUUGGCUCGAUUCGUACUUUGCAGGCUUUUUGCAGAUCCCUUCUAACUAA